AUGGUGUCGGAAAUACAACGUGUUACCCUGAUACAAUAUGGCCUAGUUCUACAAGGCCUCCGCAGGAUACUUUUAGAGCCUGAUAGCUCCAGGGUGAACCGAAGGAUGACCAUACGUAUUCUCGUAACUGUGAUGUUACUAUGCGAGAUCGAGUCCAUCCAGCGAUAUCACCGAGGAGCAAUCUUCCCGCAUCUAAGAGUAUUUCGACACCUCGUCAUGUCUCUUCGAGAUGGCUGCCCGUGGGUGGCACGUGGCAGAUCCGAGCGGGCGAUAGAAGGCUUCAUCCUCGAAUUGUAUGCCUAUUUUGUCAUAGUGGCUAACAUCACCCCAUACGGCCUCGACGAGGAUCGGGAUGUUCCUUAUGAUCCCCUCCUCGGCUCUAUCAGCGAGCUUCUAACGGAUUACGACACGUUUGGGAUCUUAUUCUCGUCGCUUCACGAUCUAUUCUCCCUGAUUCCUGUCAUAUCGCUGCUGUCAAGGAGGCGACUGCAGCAGCAGGGAGACACAAGAAUCGAGGCCUGGCAGCCAUCUUCUACUUGUAGGGAGGUCAAGGGAGUCUGGGGAAUGCAGAAGGCAGCAUCUGAAGGGCCUUCACGAGGAUGGAGCAUGGAAAACCACGCCGUUGCAGAGAUUUACCGCCACGCACUCCUGAUAUAUCUCAAGGCUUCCAUGUGCGGGAGUGUCGUGGUAUCUGGCGGUGUGGUGGUGCAUGAGAUCCAGCAGCACAUCGCCGUGGUCUUGCCACUAUUCGCGUUGGUGUCGAUGUCGAGUUUAGGAGCAAUUCUCCUUUGGACGACCAUGAUCGUGUGCUCAUGUUUGAUAGACGAGAGUCAGCAGGCUACGGCCAGGUCUAACAUUCGAGGGUGCCGGUUCACUACAGGCAAUGUCGAGCAGGCCGUGGAGCUGCUAAAUUGCCUAUGGCAGGACCCAGCCCCAGAGGCGUUUGGGCCGUACGGAUUACACUACGUGAUGAAGAAGUCCGCUAUCAAUUUCUGCAUGUCGUGA